AUGUCUGACUUCAACUCCAGAGUUUCGAGCCUUCAAGCGGAGAAAGGGAGAAUCGAAGCUGCUAUCAGGAGUCUGGGCGUCCAAAUUAACACCGUCGUGCCAGAUUGUACCGAAAAGACAGUCCUGGCUUUGGAGAAUGCUAUGAUGCGAAUCUACAAACUUGCAAUCUUCAUUCGAGGUGAUUUUGACAAGCGACCUUUGGAUGAGGAGCAACAGUCCAAUCUCUCAGCUCAGGCAGUUGAAGGUUUUGUUAUGGCUAGAAAGCUAGCUGAAGGCGGCACGGUAACGUUGUCAGCCCAUCAUAGUUCUCUGUCUAACGAGAACGGAAAUCUCACGGUUCUUGGCACAAAAGUCUCUACGCUAUUUCAGGAUGCACAAUCAAAGCUAUCCUCACUGCGCUCGGAAAUUUUUACUCUUCGAGGACAAGAGGCUACGCUGAGGGCUAACAUCCAACUCCAAGAAAGCUCGCUUGGGGACCUUGAGAGAAAGAAGCGAUCUCAGGAAACAGCCAAUGACGUUGUUGGCGUUGCGGUAGACCUUUUUACAAUGGGCCCUUUCGGCCUUUUGAUAUCCCGUGUCGCCGAUACACCCCGUCCGAGCCAGGUUGUAAACUUGGAUGGUAUGAUUAAGGAUACCCAGAAAUCUAUCAAUAGCGCGAGAGACCUCUUAAAGACAACGCAAGCAAAUAUGAAUAAAUGCAACAACAGCAUUCUUGACUGUGAAUAUCAACAGUCCCAGCUGCAGGUCAUUCAGCAAAUGAUUCCAGGUAUCCAACAAAUUCUCCAAAAGUCAACCUCAGACUGCAACGCGUUGAUCCAGCAGCUCUUGCCUUUGAAGAAAGCAUGCAUCGAACUCGAGAGGCAGGUCGGAACCGUAAAACAGAGGGCUACGAUCGUUGCUGGACAAUCUGUUGGGAAAGUUGAAUGGACAUCAGGAAUCUUGGAUAUUUGUUCGGCUGUCAUCUUUACUUAUCGCCUAGCAGACGAAGUACAGCUCAUCGCCGGUGAACUGGAGCGGGAGUGGGGUACAGCGAAACCUCUGCCUAACGAGCUCUCAAAGACUAUUAACUCCCUUAAGACUAAAACCGAUGCCUUGCUCCAGAACCAAAAUCAGAGGAUGAUUGCAGUUUGA